GUUCCCCUACGCUCCCAGUAAUUCUUCCCUCUAAAGAACUCGGACGCUACCCCUUCCUGCAGGGCGGCGGAAGAAAGAAGAGACUCUCCCAAGGGCGCCGCCCCUUUCCCAGCUGCAGGUGCUUCCUUCUGCGCCCCAACCCCACGUCAAGUCCUCCCUUCUCUUGCCUUCUCUUUGAUGAGGAAGGGUCGCUGAGCGGAAGCAACCGGAGCGAGUCAAGGACCAGCCGUGCUGGCCACGGGACUAAUAGUCAUCCUCUAUUCUGUGCCUGCCCUGUCAGAGUACCCUCCAGCUAGUCACUCUUACUCUUCCCCCCCCCCCCGUGCCAGUGUCCGGAAGUGACGCAUAACCGCGGGGCGAACGACCGUGCCGUGCACCGGAAGUGGGCGAAAGCACUUGUGGCGGGGGGGGGGCUACUAGAGGAACAACAAAAUGGGAAAGCAAAAGAAAGCAAAGAAAUAUGCUACCAUGAAACGUAUGAUCAGCCUCCGUGACCAGCGCAUCAAAGAGGCAGACCGAGCUAAAGCCAAAGAGAAAAAGAAGGAGGACCCCAGUGCAAUCAAAGAGAGAGAGGUCCCUAAAUAUCCUUCCUGCUUGUUCUUCCAAUAUAACACACAACUAGGACCUCCCUACUACAUCCUGGUUGAUACCAACUUCAUUAAUUUUUCCAUUAAAGCCAAACUGGAUCUGGUGCAGUCAAUGAUGGAUUGCCUCUAUGCCAAGUGUAUUCCUUGUAUCACAGAUUGUGUCAUGGCUGAAAUUGAGAAACUGGGACAGAAGUAUCGUGUAGCCCUAAGGAUAGCAAAAGAUCCACGAUUUGAACGCUUGCCAUGCACCCACAAAGGGACCUAUGCAGAUGACUGUUUGGUGCAGAGAGUAACUCAGCACAAGUGUUAUAUAGUGGCUACCGUAGACAGAGACCUCAAGCGGAGAAUACGGAAGAUCCCAGGAGUCCCAAUAAUGUAUAUAUCAAACCACAGAUAUAACAUUGAGCGAAUGCCUGAUGACUAUGGAGCACCUCGAUUUUAACCAACAGUUGAAAACAAUCCAAGAUAAGCUGUUUCCAACUGCCAAAUUCCAUAACGCUGAGCCUGUUAUAAAGUUCUUCUGCUUCUAACUUAUUUCCUGUGGUGCUUGGAACGGAACUGAUUUCUUCAAACUUAUGUCUUCCAGAAAAAACAUACAAUUUGUUUCCUUGCUAUGUGAUCCAAAAUAAACAUUCCUUAUUGUUUAGAA